GGUGUUAAGGGGCUAGGGGGGAUAGGGGGUAAGGGUAAAGGUAAAAGAGGGUGAAGAGAAAACAUGUCUUCGUGUAGUGAACUGUCCCGUUCUCAAGAAUAUCAAAGCUUUCGAAGUUCUGUUCCUCUGAGAAAAAUCGUCGUCGACAUCGACGGUACAAAGGGUUGGAAAAUUUACGAUUCCAGUCCUAAGACCGUCAAAUGUCCACUCAUUUGUCUCCCUCCUGUUAGUGGCACUGCCGAUGUCUUUUAUAAACAAAUAUUAGGCUUAGCUGCUAAAGGUUACAGAGUAAUAUCGGCCGAACCACCAGUAUAUUGGAACGUCAAAGAAUGGUGCGAUGGAUUUCGAAAACUUUUGGAUUAUAUGGGACUUGAUAGAGUUCAUCUAUUUGGAGCCUCGUUAGGUGGAUUCUUAGCGCAAAAAUUUACCGAGGUAAAUGCUUAUUGCCCGAGAGUAGCAUCUUUGAUUUUAUGUAAUACAUUUACAGAUACAUCUGUAUUUAGUUACAAUGAUUCCGCUGCAGUUUUUUGGAUUUUGCCAUCGUUGGUAUUGAAAAAAAUGGUUAUGGGAAAUUUUACGACCGAGAAGGUUGAUGGAGAAAUUAUCGAAGCUAUCGAUUUUAUGGUAGAAAGAUUGGAAAGUUUAAAUCAAGCGGAAUUGGCGUCAAGAUUAACCAUGAACUGCAUCAAUUGUUACGUGCAACCAGAAAAAAUUUGCAAUCUGCCAAUAACUAUAAUGGACGUUUUCGACGAGUACGCUUUAUCGAAUUCGGUGAGAGAAGAAAUGUAUAAAUGUUAUCCGAAUGCUAAAUUGGCACAUUUAAAAAAUGGCGGGAACUUUCCAUAUUUGAGCCGAUCAGCCGAAGUCAACUUACAUUUACAGAUACAUUUGAGACAAUUCGAAGGAACGGAAUACUCAGCUUCAGUCAGAACGAAAACUUAGCGGAUUGUAAAUAAAAAAAAAAGAAAAAGAAAAAGAAGAAAAAAAA